AUGGAGGGAGCUCAGGGCCAAGUCGGACAGCAAAUGGCUGCCCCGCAGCCACAGCACUCGAAUCUCAUCCGGACCGACCAAGUUCAGAAGCUACCGCACCUCAGUGAUCAGCAGAAGGCCCAGCACACCCAGCUGGUUCGCAGCCUCUGGGAACUGCUCAACACUCGCGACCCGCAGUCACACGAGUAUCAGCAAGCCAACACAAAGCUCUCCCAGCUCUCUCAGAACUUGAUGAAGGGUAUGCGGAUCUUCCAGCAAACCCGACAGCAGGCGUUGCAGCAGCACCAGCAAGCUCAGGCGGCCGUCCAGCAAGGAACACAGCCGCAGCAACCACAGCAGGGACAGCAAGCGCAGCCGGUGCUACAACAGGGGGCUCAGGGUCCACAGGGACAGCCGGUUCAGCGGACACAGUCGAAUAAUCCGCAGACACUCAACCAGCUUAUUCCGCAAAUCCAGGCCCGUGUCAGCGCGCUGAAUUUUUUCCUCCCACCGAACGUGACCCCCGAGCAGGUGCAGACAUGGAUCCCCGAGGCUCGGUUGCGAUAUGGUAUUGCGCUUCAGAAGCAGGAGGUUGGACGGGCUCGCAUGGCCGAUCUCCGUUCGUCGUAUGCGCAGCGGCAGGCACAGGGCAAUAUGACCCAGGAGGAGAUGCAGGAAUUCAAGAACCGUCAGCUGGCAGCUGAAAAGCUCUUCCGGGAGGGUAGCGAGUUUUUGAACAAGUUCAAAGAACAACAGGAAAGCUUCAAACUUCAGGCGCAACAGAACCCGGGGGGACAAGUGAUGAAUCAGGCGGGUCAAGGCAAUGCGCCUACCGCGUUGAACCAAGCGCCGGCGGCACCUCCCGCGACGACACAGGGUGUACCUGCGCAGGCAGGAACUCCCAAUCCUAUGCAGGCAGGCCAGGCCCCGGCCCCGCAUACAAUUAACUCAGCCGUCAACGCAGCCCGCCAAACGGCUAUGUCGCCCACUGCUUCCCAGCCUGGUGCUCCUGCCCAAUCGGCCGGAAAUACACCAGCCCCAAUCAAUGCUCCGCAACCACAAAUACGUCCCCCGCAACCACAACAACAAGGCACCCCAGGCACUCAAGUUACUUUCAGUCAAACUCCCCACCCUGACGGUUCCACCCCCACACCACCUGGUCCAUCUCAGCAGGUUAAUCAAGGCCCGCCUCGACCCCUCUCUCAUCAAGCUGCCAUUUCGCAAGCCGCACAAACCUACACAAAUCCAUCCCCUCAACAGCAAACGAUGAAUCAGCAAGGUCAGGCCAACCAGCAGGGUCAUCCCCAGGGAUACCUCGCCAACCGUCCCGGUGAAGCCUCUACCCGAAACACCAACAUGGCCAUCCCGAAAAACCUCCAUGUGUCCACCCCCGAGCCUGUCUCGAUGCCUGGCUCCCGUCCCUCGCUGUCCGGUGGCCCCAGCCACGGCGCCAUGGGCAUGAUGGGCCAGCCCGCCAUCCAGAAACACCCAGGCUACGUCCUGGAGGGUGAGGGCCAGCGAGUCCUGAGCAAGAAAAUGCUCGACAUCCUCGUCCGCCAGGUCACCGGUGGCGGCGAGGGAGAAGCGCUUACCCCGGAUGCCGAGGAGUUCGUUCUCCAAAUGGCCGACGACUUCGUCGACGAAGUCGUUACUCAAGCCUGUCGUCUGGCCAAGCUUCGUCCUUCGGCAACCCUCGAGCUGCGCGAUCUCCAACUUGUCCUCGAGCGUAACUACAAUAUGCGCAUUUCCGGUUUCUCUACUGAUGACCUGCGCACGGUCAAGAAGCCCCAGCCUACCCAAGGCUGGACUCAGAAGAUGUCUGCUAUUCAGGCUGCCAAGGUUACCCAGGGCAAGACUGAAUAG